UAAACCUCCGCGGCGCGCCGUCAUUACGCACCGUGGAUUCAUGCCCACACGGCACAAUGGGUCUUUAAGGGAUCAUUAAAGCCAUGUAGACUUGUGAUCCCGACCUUUUCCCGCGUCCACUGCGCAUUUGAUGGCUCCAUCCUGACAUCCAGAGGAAGCUGAAGACUUGCCGGAGUCGGGUUUCGGUCUGAAGUUUUGCGUCUCAGCGCGUCUCCAUGUCUUUCCAGUCCAAAGCGAUGAGGGACGGGCUGCUGGAGAAGCGCAGCAGCGGACUCCUGCAGCUGUGGAAGAAGAAGCGCUGCGUCCUCACCGACGAGGGACUGCGCCUGCACACCUGUAAAGGCGGCGGUGAUGCUCCGGGGACGGCCUUCAGCUCCAAGGCCAAGGAGCUCCGGUUCGAUCGCAUGGCCACGGUGGACUGCGUGGAGCACAAACGCGGACUGGUGUACUUCACCGUGGUCAUGGCCACCGGGAAGGAGAUAGACUUUCGGUGUCCGCAGGACGGCACCGCCUGGAACGCGGAGAUCGCCCUGGCUCUGGUGCGCUUCAAGAACCUGCAGGCCGUGCAGACCGCCAGGAACCGGCACCUGUCCACCGUGCACCUGGGCAGCACCGGGGAGGAGGAAAUGCUCUGACACGGGGGAGAAACGCCUUGGUGGAUCCUACAAACGAACCAAUCAGCAGGGAGAAGAGAGUCACUUUAUUGAGGUCUGACGGGGACGUAAGCCAAAGGAUAUGGACACAUGAGACACGUCGGCAGUCUGGUCUUCCCUCGUGAAUUUAUUCACACCCAAACAAAGGAUAGGAAAAUAAUGACGGUGGAAAAACAGUCUUUUCUGGCCUGACCUCAUUGAACGGGGUCACAAUGGAGAAUUCAGCAUAAAGGAAAUAUGACGCACAGAGCAUGUGGCGCUGGGACACUGUUUAUCUCCUGUGCCUUAAUGUUUGAAACAUAAUUUUCCAAUUAUUGUUUUUUUUUUUUUUUUGUUAAUGCUGCUCACGCAGGCGUCACUUUGUUCUUUCAGUCUUGCUUUUAAACGAGUCUUACUUCUUAUUUUGAACCAUUUUGCUACAGACUGAUCUGAUCCGCAUGCUUUCUCUACAGCCGAUCAUGAAGUACAGUUACUCUGUCCAUACUCAUUGCACAUUGUACUCUAUAUAUUUGCUGAAACCAUGUACA